AUAACACACACUAACACACACACAUAACACACACUAACACUAACACACACGAGCUGUGACGUCUCAUUUACUCGGCUCCUCCCCAAAGGCGCUCCGCGAUUCAAGUAGCUGCGGAGACAGCCGGACGGAACACGGAGACAACGCGAGGAGGAGGAGGUGGAGACAACACGAGGAGGAGGUGGAGACAACACGAGGAGGAGGAGGUGAAGACAACACGAGGAGGAGGAGGUGAAGACAACGCGAGGAGGAGGAGGUGGAGACACAGGGUGGGUAACAGAGGGCGAACAGCAGCACCGUGCAGUGUCAGACGACAAGGAGAGCGGGAGAAGAAGGGGCGCGUACCGGACUGCAAAGUGAGUGGCGACGUAGAAAAGACGCCGGGUAAGAAGCGCUCGUGUGGGAGAAGUCGCACGUUCUCCGCUUUCUUACAGAGGAUUACAUCUGAGCCGUGUCACACAUCCGAUGGUGCCACUCGCCAUCAGAUCCACUGACUAAAACAACGCAACACACCAGUGAGAAGGAAAGCACAAAAAAUAUACAACUAAAAUUAUGCCCGCCGCCGCAUUCCUCCUGCUGGCAACACUAGCGCAUCUUCCUCCAGCGCUGCUGCUUCGCGACGACCACUCGUGCGAGGACCACCGAUGCUACUCGGUGCACCUCUCCGCGCGGCCGCUGACCCUGCGGGAGGCUUGGGGCCAUUGCCACAGGAUGACUCACGGACGGGGAUACUUGGCGACGGUGCACAGCCCCGCCGAAGCACGGCAGCUCGGGUCCCUGCUGGACUCGGUCGCUCCAGACUCCCCCACCGAGCUGUGGCUGGGCCUGCGGAGGGAUCGGCGGGCAUGUGAGGAGCUCCCUGGUGUGGGGGGGCCACUGCGGGGAUUCGCGUGGACCAUGGGAGGAGCUGAGGGGGGUGCCGGCGCCGGUGAUGGAACCUACGCAGCGUGGCGGCAGAAUGAGCCAGCGCUGAGCUGCUCGCUCGCACACUGCGCCACCUUGUCACGCGCGGGCAAGGAGGAAGCGCGGGCGGCCGUCGUGGAGUGGAGGCCGCGUUACUGCGCCAACGCAACGGGCGUGCGGGGCGUCGCGUGCCGCUGGGCACAGGAGGGAAACGGCGGAGAGCGGCAGAGGGCCGGCGCCCGUGGAGAGCGGGAGGGAGAACAAGGAGAGGGGGGAUGGGUAGAGGGAGCUCGGCGAGAGGGAGAGCGACGCAGAAGGGACGCAAAAACUUGCCAGCCGGGCUACGCAUUCAAUGCUGUCUCCAACGAAUGUGAGGACGUGGACGAGUGCGAUGACAUGCAUGUGUGCGAGAAUGCGCUGUGCGACAACAAGGAGGGCUCCUUCACGUGCGACUGCCUUCCAGGCUAUUCCAAGGUGAAUGACACGGCGUGCGAGGACGUGGAUGAGUGCCAGGAGGACCACUUGUGCAACCAGUGGGAAUGCAUCAAUAGGAGCGGCUUCUACGAGUGCAGCUGCCCCGCCGGGUACAAGCAGCACGCCAAUGGCCUCAACUGCAUCGACGUGGACGAAUGCUCGGGCUGGAAUCGUGGCGGAUGCAUGCACGCUUGCGUCAACUCCGAAGGCAGCUACACGUGCGAGUGCGAGUCCGGUUACGAGCUGGGGCGGGACGGGAAGUCGUGCUCGGAAAAUCCAGCCGUCGUGGUCACCAGUUUGGAGGCGACAACGACGACAAUGGCGGCGACGACGACGACGAUGAUGCUGACGUCGAACGAGAUGGCUCUGUUCGCCAAUGCCCAACCAUCGCCGGGUGCUCUGUCGAAGGGUCUGGCGACUGGCCCGCUUUUGUGGCUGCUGCUGGGCACAGCAUCGUUGGCGGUGUGCACGAUGGCCGGCGUCCUGCUCUACCGCCGCUACUGCCGGGGCAGCCGGCGGCAGAACAAGGCGGCCGAAGGUGGCGCCGGCGUAACAGACGGUUCCGCCAGCGUAACAGACGGUUCCGUGCGAGGCCAAGGCUUGGGGCCGGAAUCGCGACCACUUGCUGCGAUGGAAGUGUCGCUGUGAUGUGAACGGCGGCCGACGAUAAGCCUCUUUUUUUUUGGGCGCAAGUAGGAAAAACACAGAUAGGCCGGGACAAAUUGUCAGACGUACAGCGAAUCGUAAUGUGGGGUGUAGAAUGUUAGCUGCGAGGAGGCUGGGAGAUGACAGUUAAAGUUUGUGGGUUUUCUCCGGGUUCUCCAUUUUGCUGCCACAAGAAGCCAAGCACGAGUUGUUGGAGUUGGCAAAAUGUAUCGUAUCCGUGGACCUUAGAUUGGCAUUUGCUCACAUAUCAGUAUAUAGCUGCCGGUUUUUUUUAUCUCACAAGCAGUGAGGCCGUUCAUCAGUUUUAUGAAAGUAAGACUCAGUGCCUUUGUAUGUAUGUAUGUAAGUUUAACUUCAACCUCGCCAGAUCUCCAAAACUGAACAGGAUUGAGCUUGAAAAGUGCAUGGAUGGGUGACCACCGUGCAUAAAAACUGGUGUUGUCUGCUGCUGUGGGGCUACAUUGUUAGCAGAGGGAAGUGCAGCAAAAUCAGUUGUUGUACCCUACUUCUAUGCGCCAUGCCUUCACGAACACACACACUGAACCGCCUGGUAAAUUAACCCCCGGGACCAGCACGGCAUGGGGAGGCCUUCAUCCAGCAAUGGAUUGACAAGAGGGCUGCACGUGUACACAAAUACAUGACUUCAGAAUCAGAAUAUUUAUUUAGUCUGUAGGAAUCCGAUUAGCUAUGGAGCUCUCUUUCACAGAUGUUCAGUUGGGGCGGGUCAGCAAGACUUGAAAGUGACCCCAAUUUAGAGAAUGUUGCAUAAUUUGGCUAACCCGUGAACUGUGGAAAGUCCUCUGUUUAUCGUUGCUUCAACAAGAACAUGUAAAUCUUCAAAUGUCCAUAUCUACGUUUCCACCCGUGACCAAAUCAUUGGGAAAUGUGGCCAAUCCCGUCGGAUCUCACAAACUAAGCAGAAAUUGAGCCUGGACAGUGCUUUAAUGGGUGACCACCAUGCACACCAGGUCAACCAUUGGGAACUAGGGCUGAACGAUGAAUCGAUUUCAAAUAGAAAUCGCAAUUUGAGACAAUGCG